AUGGCUCCAGCUUGGGUUGUGGUGCUGGUGACCGCGGUGCUGGGCUUGACCAGCGCGGGCCCUGUCCCCACUUCCAGGCCCCCCGCAACCAGGAGGGGCUGCCACGUGGGCAAGUUCCCAUCUCUGUCGCCGAGGGAGCUAGAAGCCUUCAAGAAGGCCAGGGACGCCUUAGAAGAGUCACUCCCGCUGAAGAACUGGAGCUGUGGCUCUCGCCUCUUCCCCAGGACCAGGGACCUGAUUCGACUGCAGGCCUGGGAGCGCCCUGCGGCCCUGGAGGCUGAACUAGACUUGACGCUGAAGGUCCUGGGGAACAUGACCGACUCAUCCCUGGGCGUCGUCCUGGACCAGCCCCUUCGUGUGCUGCGCCACAUCCGCUCCGAGCUCCAGGCCUGUGUCCGGGCUCAGCCCACGGCAGGACCCAGACCCCGUGGCCGCCUGCACCACUGGCUGCACCGGCUCCAGAGGGCCCCAGAGGAGUCCCGGGGAUGCCUCGAGGCCUCCGUCACGUUCAACCUCUUCCGCCUCCUCACGCGGGACCUGAAGUGUGUCACCGGUGGAGACCUGUGCGUCUGA